AUGAAAAUUCUUUGCUGGAAUUGUCGUGGGGCUGGGAAUCCGGCGACUGUGCGUGAACUAAAGCAACUUCUUGCUGCGAACGGUCCUGAUAUUGUUUUUCUUUGUGAAACAAAAAUUCACUCUAAUGGCUUCCACCGUAUUCGUACAAUAUGCAGGAUGGAGGGAUGCCUAGCGGUCGAUUCGGAGGGGAAAAGUGGUGGAUUGGCCCUACUUUGGAAGGCAGGCGUGAACGUUUUUGUGCAAAACUAUCCUAAGUUUCACAUUGACUCGUUGGUUAGCAUGGAUGAUGGUGAAAAGUUUAGGUUCACUGACUUUUAUGGCCAGACCGACCCAAGCCUAAGGCAGCAAUCUUGGGAUAUGCUGAGAAGGGUGAAAAGCAUGGUUAAUGAAGGCUGGAUCGUGGGAGGUGACUUUAACGCCAUUUUGAAUAAUUCAGAGAAGGAAGGGGGCCGUAGAAAGCCUCGGUCUUUGAUGGAUGACUUUUGUGAUGUGUUGGAAGAGUUAAGCCUGACGGAUGUGAAGACUCCUAAUGGAUGGUUUACGUGGACCAACAAUCGAGAAGGGACUAGGCUUGUUAAAGAGAGGCUGGACAGAUUUGUCAUCUCUGACGAGUUUAUGGAAAAAAUGCCGUUUCUUACUUCUCAAAUUGUUCGCCAGUCGAAAUCCAAUCAUGAGGCUAUCCUUUUGGAUAUGUAUGGAAGUAAGCCUAGAGAUAAAAGGGUUGAUCACAGGGUUUGGUUUAGAUAUGACAUCUGUUGGGCGCAGGAGCAAGAGGCUAAAGAUAUUAUAAAGAGAGCUUAG